AUGCAGGCAGCUCUUAUGAUAAGAGCAAAAUCUCGGGAGCGAAGGAAACAACGACUGAAGCGAGGUAUCAAGUACGAAAUACCGAGCAACGUUGCUACCAAGACGAUAGCACCCUUUCCGAGAUAUCCGCCAACUUCCUGGUGCGCCGCUGGUCGCGCGGCGUGGCAAGAAGCUGCGGCGCUCUCCGUAGGCGGCGGGGCAGGAGCCGCGGGCGGCGCGGCCAGGCGAUGCUCAGUCCUCGGAGACCAUCCCGGGGCCCGCCGGGACCCCAGGGCCAAGUGGCACAGAAACAACCGGGUGCGCGACGCGUCAUACGGUUCGUCUUCGGAAUCGGACGGCGACGAAGCGAAUGGAGAGCCGUGGGGUGUCGCUCGGCUUCUUUACGCUGGUCUUGGGACACUAGCUGUUGGUCUGGUUGUGUACUUCGUGGGGACCGGCGACAAGCCUUCGCAGGGCUUCAAAACGCCAGCUUUGCGGCUGGUGGGUCCGUCUUUGAUCGUGGCUGGUCUCGCCUGCUGCUUGCUGCGUAUCAUGUUCUGUAUGUUUGCCAAGCCUUGCUGUCGACGACGGAACAAUCACAAGGAGAACAGAAGACUGUCAGGCGGCGUGGAGGGCGAAGAGAUGCCCCUUGCGGGAGGGUGUACCAGCUCUCGAGCUGGUCCGGCACAAUGCUCCCCCGCGAGGCGUUUAGACUCUUCGUGCGAUGUGUCCAGCUUAUCCAGUGGAGAAGAAGACGAGCGGCUGAGACGGUAUCGUACCAGCAGUCAGCCGCAUCCCCACCCUCAACCGCAGACUGUUCUAGUUCAACAGGCGCAACCUCCACGCACUGCAACUGCGUCUGCGCUGCAUACCAGCGCGAGUGCUGGCAAACGUCCACCGCCGCGAAACGUGUCGUUCGCAGGCGGACCCGACGGCGAACUGGUUCUCAGUCCUUCGCAACUGCGAUCUUAA